AUGGCCAUGGACCCGAGCCCGCGCUUCUACCAGCACUUUCAAGCCAGCGUGGCGGUUCUCGAGGAUCAGAUAGAGCAAUUGACAUCUGCAUCGGCUGUUGCGGGCGAGCGCCAGGACGCCAUCAAUCAUCUCCUCGCUGGCAUUGCCAAACUCCAAAAUGAGGUCGCAGAUGCCGCCGAGACCACACCGUCAUAUGACCGUAGGCAAUACUCUGAGACUAUCAAGGGACUACAAGAGAAGCUCAACGAGACUGUCGCCAAGGUCAACCCCCGGACACGCUUCCAGUUCAAGCGCUCCGGAGCCGGCACUGCCCACGCCGACACGGACGGGGGUGUGUCGUCGAGAAUCGACCCGAGAUUGAAUCCAGGGAGCUUUGCCAUGAGCUCGGCACCGGCGGUUCCUUCGACGCGGUCCAACGAUGCCGACAACGGCGGUGAUGACGAAGUUGACACCCUUGGCCAGCUUCCUGCGAAACCAUCGAGCGCGCGUGAUUACAACUUGGAAAUGUCGAUGCCCGGCGUGGCCGGUAUCCGCAAGCCCAGCUUCUCGACGGCCAGCAACAUCGGCAUCUCGAACCAGUCGGGGCUGCACAUAAUCCUGCCAUCGUCGGCAGCUCGCGCGACCGCCUCGGGUAGUCUCACCGACUUGACUGGCUGCAUCGUCGACAUGUCGGUCCCCACCGCGACUGGCCAGCCCUUUGCCGGCCUUGCGCUCAAAAACAUCCGCGGCAGCCUCAUCGUCGCCGGCCGCGUGAACGGACCGGUCCAUAUGACGGCCAUCGCCGACAGCAUCGUCGUCGUCGUAGCCCGCCAAGUCCGGAUCCACGAAUGCAGGAACGUGCACCUCUACCUGCACUGCAGCAGCCACCCGAUCAUCGAGGACUGUACGGGCAUGCGCUUCGCGCCGCUCCCCGCCCCCUACAUGACGGAAUCCGAAGGCAACACGGAGAACCAGUGGGACCAGGUGGAUGACUUCAAGUGGCUCAAGGCCGGUCACAGCCCCAACUGGACCGUCCUGCCCGACGAAGAAGUGCUCGACGCCGAUGUGUGGACAAAGAUCGUGCCGGGCCAGCCUGGCGCGAGCAUGCAGGAAACGCUGGCCAAGGUUGGCUUGCCGCGAGGGUAG